CUUUGAUACUUUUGUUGCUUUAGGUGCUAGCCAUUCCUUUUGAUUGCCAUCUCUUUUACCGCAUGCCCAAUAUAUUUUCGAAGUUGGCCAUGCCAGGUGGUCCAGGCACCUCGGCAUCUGCUCAGGCCAAGCUGAUCCUGGACGAACUUAUUGUUCGAUACUCAAAAAACAGGACAACUAUUAAGCGUAUCGUCAUAGCCGCCCUUCUCGCUUCAACUUUUAAUCAAAUUCGUAAUACUAUUAAAAAAGCAAAACGUGCCAGACCAGCAUCAAAGGAUCCCAAGCUGAAAGAUAAAGUCGAGGUCGAUGCCGUGUUUUUCCAACGAUUGACAAGGUUAUUGAAGAUUGUCAUACCUGGAAUUCGUUCCAAAGAGCUAUGGCUCUUGGUCGUGCAUUCAGGUUUUCUAGUUUUCAGAACCAUCCUAUCGGUUUACAUCGCUGCCUUGGAUGGUAGAAUUGUCAGCGCUUUGGUCCGCGGCAAGGCUAGAGACUUCAUUGUCGGUAUCAUUUGGUGGAUGGCUGUUGCACUACCAGCAACAUAUACCAAUAGCAUGCUUACCUAUAUGCAAAGCAAGCUUGCCAUCCAAUUCAGAACCCGAUUGACCAACUUCAUCCAUGAUCAAUAUCUCACGGAUAUGACCUUUUAUGCAGUUGGAAAUCUAGAUGAUCGAAUUAAAAAUGCAGAUCAGCUCAUCACCAUUGAUGUCAUGAAGUUCUGUACAUCUCUAUCCAGUCUCUACUCCAACCUCGCCAAACCCAUUCUCGAUGUAUUUAUCUAUAACUGGCAGCUUACAAGAAACGUCGGCUUCGAAGGUGUAUUUGCUGCUAGUUUUAUGGUACAAAUCUCAUCACUUGCCCUUCGAAAGUUGACUCCGCCGUUCGGAAAGAUGGUAGCGGAAGAACAACGACUUGAAGGCGAAUUCCGCUUCACACAUUCACGCUUGAUUGAAAACGCAGAAGAAAUUGCCUUGUUUAGAGGCCACCAAAUUGAGAAAACUAUUUUGGAUCGAAACUACUUUGGUCUUAUCAGACACGUCAAUCGUAUAUUCCGCAUGAGAGUGCCUCAUGGAAUGUUGGAAGACUUUAUUAUCAAGUAUUUCUGGGGUGCUUGCGGUUUGGUUCUGUGCUCUGUUCCUGUUUUCUUUGAAAUCCCAGAGGCCGCUCUAGGAGGAAAGAUGGGUGAUUUGGGAAGUCGUACUGAAGGGUUCGUCACCAACCGACGCUUGCUUAUGAGCUCUUCCGACGCCUUCGGUCGCAUCAUGUACUCAUACAAGGAAAUCAAUGAACUUGCUGGUUAUACGUCUAGAGUCACUCAACUUCUUGACGUAUUUGAGGAUGUGAAGAAAGGACAAUACGAUAAGCGCCUUGUUUCAUCCGCGUCCACUGAUGAGCACGCAAAAGUCCUUGCAGGGCGAGGUAGAAUCAUAGAAAGUGAAAACAUUGAAUUCAACGAAGUCCCCAUUGUUAGUCCUAACGGUGAUGUACUUGUGGAGAAGCUGACUUUCCAUGUCAAGCCUGGAAUGCACUUGCUUAUUGUUGGCCCUAACGGAUGUGGCAAGUCUUCGCUCUUCCGUAUUCUUGGAGGACUCUGGCCAGUUUAUGGUGGCACUUUGUAUAGACCAAAUCAUAAGGACAUUUUCUACAUCCCUCAGCGUCCUUACUUAUCUCUCGGCACUCUUCGUGACCAAAUUCUUUACCCUGAUACCAUCGAAGAUAUGCACAAACGCGGUGUGACUGAUGAUGAUUUAUUGGAGAUCCUUGAUGUUGUUCAAAUUAAAGGCAUUGUCGAGCGCGAAGGCGGCUGGGAUCAAGAGAAAGAAUGGACUCUUGCACUCUCUGGCGGUGACAAGCAAAGAAUUGCUAUGGCAAGACUUUUCUACCAUUCUCCUAGAUAUGCUAUUCUCGAUGAAUGUACAAGCGCUGUCAGCAUGGACAUUGAAAAGAUCAUGUACACUCAUGCAACCAAACUUGGCAUUUCGCUUUUGACCGUCUCCCAUCGUCCCUCACUUUGGCAAUACCAUAACUACAUCCUCCAGUAUGACGGACAAGGAGGAUAUGUCUUCACUAAGCUAGACGCUGAGAAGAGAUUAGCUUUGCAAGAGGAAAAGAAUGCCAUUGAGCAUCAGCUGCAAGAAAUGCCAAAAAUGCAGACCAGACUGGAGGAACUCCUUGCUCUUAAAGCCACUGGACAGAAGCAAUAGACAUGAACAUCCCUUUAUAAAAAUAAUUUUAUGUAUUCUCGCGAUUGGAAGAGUGGAAGGUCUCUCUCUCUCUCCUAUGGGUUUAUGAAUGCUGUAUUGGAGAUGUAAAAUGACUGAUAAACAUAGAACGUUUGACUGCUUGAG